AAACAACUUUAAAAAGCCGCAUAUGACUUAAGCCUAUUUUUUAAUUUCAUUUUUCAUUCACCAAUUAGUGCAACUCGCCAAUGAGGGCAAAUAAGUCAAAAGACAUUGAGUAGCGAAACCUACUUCUGUUUGCUAACACUGCAAAUGUGUAAAAGCUCCACUAAAAGCUAAUAUUUGCAUUGUGGCCGCCGGUCGCAGAUUUCAUUAGAGCUCCCAGUCUUAGCUCUAUAUUGGAAAUCGAGAAUAUAAAAGAUGGUGCAGUACAACUUUAAGAAGAUUACAGUGGUUCCCAACGGGAAGGACUUUGUCGAUAUCAUUCUGUCUCGUACACAGCGUCAAACACCUACUGUUGUGCACAAAGGAUAUGCUAUCGCUCGUAUCCGUCAAUUUUACAUGCGCAAAGUGAAAUAUACGCAGCAGAAUUUCUAUGAUAAGCUCUCCACCAUUAUUGAUGAGUUCCCCAGGCUUGAUGACAUCCAUCCUUUCUAUGGGGACCUUCUUCAUGUGCUCUACAACAAAGACCACUAUAAGCUUGCCCUUGGCCAAAUUAAUACCGCUAGAAAUUUGAUUUCUAAAGUAGCUAAAGAUUAUGUGAAAUUGUUGAAAUAUGGUGACUCACUCUAUCGCUGCAAGUCCCUGAAAGUUGCGGCUCUUGGGCGUAUGUGCACUGUUAUAAAGCGCAUUGGCCCAAGUUUAGCUUAUUUGGAACAGAUUAGGCAGCACAUGGCAAGACUUCCCUCAAUUGAUCCCAAUACUCGAACCAUCUUGAUUUGUGGGUAUCCAAAUGUUGGCAAGAGCUCAUUCAUCAACAAGAUUACAAGAGCAGAUGUGGAUGUGCAGCCUUAUGCCUUCACUACUAAAUCCUUGUUUGUAGGUCAUACUGAUUACAAAUAUCUGAGGUAUCAAGUGAUCGACACCCCAGGGAUAUUGGAUAGGCCGUUUGAGGAUCGUAAUAUCAUAGAAAUGUGCAGUAUUACAGCUCUAGCACAUCUGAGGGCCGCUGUGUUAUUUUUCCUUGAUAUUUCUGGGUCUUGUGGCUAUAGCAUUGCGCAACAGGCUGCUCUUUUCCACAGCAUCAAAUCACUUUUUAUGAACAAACCAUUGAUGAUCGUAUGCAACAAAACGGACUUGCAGCCAUUAGAAGGGAUUUCCAAGGAAGAUAAGAAGUUAGUCGCGGAGAUGAAAGAUGAAGCUAUGAAGACAGUGAUAGGUCAAGGCGGCGAGCCAACAGAUGAAGCAGGUGUGCUGCUAACUACGAGCACUUUGACUGAAGAUGGGGUAAUUGCAGUAAAGAAUGCAGCUUGUGAGAGGUUACUGAAUCAAAGGGUGGAGUUGAAAAUGAAGUCGAAAAAGUUAAAUGACUGCUUGAACCACUUCCAUGUUGCUAUGCCAAAACCACGUGACCAGAAAGAGAGGCCUCCAUGCAUACCUGAGGCAGUGUUGGAAGCCAGAGCGAACCAGGCUGAGGCAGAUGUUGAGAAACAUAAAAGGACGCUUGAGAGAGAUCUGGAGAAUGAGAAUGGAGGUGCUGGUGUUUAUUCUGCAAGCUUGAGGAAGCACUAUCUAUUAGCAAAUGAAGAGUGGAAGGAAGAUAUAAUGCCUGAAAUUUUAGAUGGGCACAAUGUCAAUGACUUUGUUGACCCUGAUAUCUUACAAAGGCUUGAAGAAUUGGAGAGAGAAGAAGGUCUUCGUCAGGAAAAAGAAGGAGAUGAUGAUUUUGAGAUUUUUGAGAUGGAUGGUGCAGAGCUGACCCCUGAAGAACAAGCAGCAUUGGCUGAAAUCCGGAAAAAGAAAAGUUUGCUCAUUCAACAGCAUAGAAUGAAGAAGAGCACCGCGGAGAGCCGACCCACUGUACCAAGAAAGUUUGAUAAAGACAAGGAGUUUACUUUAAAAAGAAUGGGAAGACAGUUAUCUGCUUUGGGAGUGGAUCCAACUCUAGCUAUCGAACGAGCCAGAAGUAAAUCAAGGGGUCGUAACCGAGAGAGAUCAGCUGAACGUGGAGAUGGCAUUGGUAAUGAUGCAAUGGAUGUAGACGAGAUUACUCCCAGCAAGAAGCAACGUAGGCAUAGAUCACCUUCCAUGGCAAUUUCAAGGUCAAGGUCACGACCUCGAAAUGAAUUUGUUCCAGGGGAGGGCUUCAAGGACAAACCCCAGAAGGAAAGAGCUAUAAAGAUGUUCAAGAAAUCUGCUAAUAAGAGGAACAAGGAUGCUCGGCGGGGAGAGGCCGAUAGAGUCAUUCCUACUCUUAAACCAAAACAUCUCUUCUCUGGAAAGCGAUCAAGUGGCAAAACUGAUAGGCGGUAGUUACCAGAUUGCAAGAUUACAAUUAUUACCUUCUGUGGUAGGCAUGAUCAUGGAAUUUGCUGAUGAGUCAAGAUGCUUUUUGUUGCAAAAAUUUGGGUGGCAGACGGAUGGACAUACAAAAAAACCCUUGUUGGAAUUCCAGUUCAACUCGACUUAUUUUUGAUACUCUGUUAUACAAUUUUGGAACUAACCUUGCUUUGUUAUCUAAGUUGGUAUUUUUUUCUUAGGUACAAUUUUGGUAGAAUUCAGUAAAGAUACGAGCAACAGGUCGAGACUACAGAUUGAGUAUUUAAUUUGUGUUAGAGAUGCAGCUGUAUUUAGUGCCUUCGAUUAUGCAAUUUUGGUUCUUAGAUGCUGGUUAGAAGAUCCUUAUCCCAUGUUAAUGAACUCCAUUACAUUACAACAACAUACCCAGUGGUACGCUGUACCACUACCUCAGAAGUGAGGUAGAGAAGCUGUUUCCGGUAGACCCUCUCAAGGCAAAUACAAUCUAGAAACAGAUGUAAUAGAAGUAUAAAAGACACAAUAAGGUGUAACACAUUAGCAAAUAGAACUUCAUUAUAUUAGAAGGCGAAAGAGGAAAAAGAAACGUGUUUUGGUGUUGCAACACUGGGAUAUAAUCAGGUCCCCUCUAAAAUGCAGCAAAUGUCCAAGUCAUGAUAGUGGUAAAGUUUCAAGCAAAAAUGAGAAACAUGCAGCUAGUGGAAGUCCAAUGCUUCAAAGGCCAUUCAACUCACAAGCAAUGUGCAGCAGACCUCCAUACUACUUUGACACGUUUUAUUUUGCUCGUUCCUUGAAAAAAUAUUAACUAAAAGAGUAAUUUGAUCAAAUGAAAUAGGACUUCUUGCUUA